GGACUUCGUUGUCUUUUCCGACGGCGGCCUGGGGGUGCCCAUGUGCUGCGAUGAUGCUGGCGUGUACUGCGACUGCUUCAGCUACAUCCCAGCGGCGUCACUCCCUGCCGCGCUGAGGAACGACGAAGACGGCAUCCAGGAGAAGUGGGACUUUGCCAAGCGCAAUCGGGCAAAACCCUCCGCUGAGAGGGGCUCCAUCACUGUGGCGACUGUGAUCAAGAACGAUACUCAGGACAUCCGCGUCUAUCGGAAGUGGCUCGCAAUGAAUGAAACUGAAUAUUCCAACGCGUUCGGGAAGAGGCCUUUGGUGAAGGAUACUUCGAAGCUGCCCGAGCUCAACGUGCCGUGCGAGGCGGACCCGAGAGUGAAGGAGACGGUGUUCCUCUUCGCCUGGGAGCCGAACAGCCCUCUGCGCACGGUGGAGACAAGCAGCACCGUGGGCUCCGCGAUGGAGGCGGUCAUGCUGGACCCUGCAUGCUGCUACUACAACGGGCAGGGGAAGGACUUCUACAAGUGGUCGGUGGACACAGACAAGAGGCUCGCGGGCGACGAGCUUGGACACGCGAUGAACUCGAAGUGCUCCACCAUUGUCGAGAUGGGCGCGCAGCUGGGCGCCCCAGAGCUGAGCGAUUAUUCCGCCGCCUACCGCGGUAGUCACACUGCCGCCGCGUCUAGCGGCAGCGGUGGCUUUUUGCCCAGCCCGACGACACUGGCGGCCACCAGCCCUUUUGGAAGCACUCCUCCACUCCAGGUCUCCUUCUCAGAGGAGGGGUCGACGCUGGGCGACAAGUCGCGCGCGGUUCUACCGCGCGGAGGUCGGAUCAGAGGAAAGAGCAGUGUCGUCGGGGGGCGGUCUGCCGCUGACCUCGAAAAGUGCGUGAAGGAACAGUCAGUGGUCGGAGAUGACCUGGGGGGGUCCGCGAGCCAGGUUGGCGGCGACGCCGAUCAAGGUGACCGGGCAGACGUGUACAUCAAGAAGCUGAACCUCGAGGUUGCUCUGAGAAAGGGGAAGGAUGGGGUUGUGUUCCAUCACGCAGGCCUUCGCGUCAAGAGUUGGAGCGCCAAGCCCGAUGCGAAGGAGAUGGCGGAGAAGCUUCAUGCGCAUAUGAAGGACUACGUGCUUGCAGCAUCACUCAAGCCGUUUCCAAUAGAACGCCUUCCACCCGACCAGCUGCAGAAAGCAUACGACAGGGUGAAAUCAUUCAUGAAGAUCCCGACCGCCGUCCAACUAGACAUCUGGGAUUAUGAUGCGACGUCCAGGUGCACGAAGGUCACAUUCCCAGUGGACGUGCCGAAGUUCUUGGCGCACUGCUGGCCAUGGCCGAUUCGUUGCAAGAUCGACGGCGACAUGAUCGACCCCAGGACCGCUGAGUUCGACCCGCUCGAGCCACGCCCCAUGCUCGUCGGCGGGGAGUUCCCCUUCAAGCUUGAGAAGUUCAGGGCGCACUUCAUCAGGAGCGUCCUGGGUGAGUUCAUGGGCAAGGGCAGCAACGGCAAGGACUCCGUGCGCGCCACGUGCAUGCACAUGCACGACUUGGCUGAGUCGACAAUGGAGCAAUGCGACGACCUGGGUGACACGUCUGCCUUCCUUUGCGAGAUCACGACGGUUGCCAGCGCAAUCGACGCCCUCUUCGACAUGAAGAAGCUCCUCGACGGCGACGCUGGCGAGAAUGCGAUGAACGACCUCAAGGAGAUCAGCGACACAGAGCACAAGUCCAGCGCGAUCAAAUCGGUGGCCCUCGUGGAAGCAAACGUAGACUUCUACCGUGACCUUCUCGCCACCGCCAUGACCAACGCUGCGAAGAUCAACGAUGCUCGGCCCAAUUACGUGGACAUCAACGCCGACAUUGGCGCGAAUAUGCAGCUUAGCCCCAACGAGCUUGCAUCCGGUGUCGAGGAGAUCCUCAAGAUGCUCCCAGCGGUCAUCUUCGCUGUCCCAGGUCAGUGCGUCAAACGGCUGUGCGACAAGACCAUGAGCAUCAUCUGCCAAGUUGUCGGUAUAGCCAAGGCCGAGGGCGAGAGCGAACGCGGGCAGGAACUAGUUCAGGGGGCGCUGUCAGUAUUGAAACUUGGUGUCUCGUGCUUCCCUAUGGAAACAUGCAUCCCGAAGUGGAAGACAGAGCUCGUCGAGCUGAUGGCCAAGAUGCAGUCCAACGGCAGCGACGCCAUCGCCAAGCUCGAUAAGAUCGAGAUGCUCGUAGGCGUCAUUUCAUUGACUGGGCUGCCUGAUGAGAUGCAGAAUGAGAUACUGAGCUCAUUGAGGUUCAUGUGUGACGGUGCCUUAGCGUCCUACCCAGCUCCAGAGGUCGAUCGCAUCGGGCGCGUGAUCGACGAUGUGGUGCAGAGCCUGGGCAUGGACAACGAAACCGAUGAGCAGAAGAUAGCCCGCGCCAUGGUGGCUGGGCGCUCCGCCCAUCAGCUGACGCAGACCAUCAACGCGAUGCUCAACGCUGAAGGGCAAGAGCGGCAAGAGGUCGACACUACGUCAACGGCCACGCUGCAAUUCCUGACCGAGCAGCUCACGAACCACUCCAAGGAGAUCGAGACCGCGAAGAAUACAGAAUCCUUCCUGGCCGCCUUGACGGCGACUCGGCACCAGGCCAUCGAGUGCUUGCGAAGCGUGGGUGGUGCCAAGCUGGAGGAGGCGAAGAGUGCUGCCGCGGAGGUCAUCGAGAGUCUUCGCCCCUUGCAGGGCGGCCUCGAAGGUGCCGGGCAUUGGAUGGAAGGCCUGGCGGACAACAAACGCAACAAGUGGGCGGACUUCUACGAGUACGCGCAGAAGACGAUCAUGCAGGACAGAUGGACUGCUGGCCUCAAGAAGGGGAUCGACGGCGCCACCACGGCGCUUGCUCGCGUCGCGGAGUUGGAGAAGGCUUCACGCCUCGACUGCGGGGGCGAGUUCAAGGAUGACUGCAAGCUGGUCAUCAUCAAGUGCACGGAG